AUGAUCAGAGAGAUCGUACUGGACGUGACCUCAGACAAAUCGAUUGCCAAUGCAGUUGAACUGGUGCGGUCUCAGUACGGCCAUCUCGACGUGUUGGUCAACAAUGCUGGGUAUGCGGCGAUCCCAUCCGCUUUAGACACGCCAGACUGGUGUGAUAUAUAUGGCCGAGUUUUCGACACUCAUGUGACAUCCGUCGCCGUGACUAUCCAGCAAUUUCUAUCUCUGCUCCGUGAAUCACAAACGGGGGGAAAGGUUAUUCAAAUCUCAUCGGCACGGGGCUCGGCCACAAGGUUAGCCAGUGGCGUUCUCCCACCGACGGUAUCCAUCCCAUACGCGGUCUCUACAUCGGCUUUGAACAUGUUGAGCAUCGAAAUGAGCCGAGACCCUGCGAAUCGAAACGUCGAGUUCUCGCUCGCCAGCCCUGGGCAUUGCAAGACUGCUUUCAAUGGGUUCAAAGGGAAAAGAGACCCAUUGGAAGGUGCCAAUGUGGUGGUCGAACUUGUUAGGGCAGGCAAGGACCGGUACAGGAACGCAGGCAUUUGGGAAACCACUGGGGACAGUCUCGACCUUGUUGAGAUUCCGUGGUGA